GUCUUCAAAAAAAAUGAAAGAGAUGAUGUCGCAAUCAUCGAGAUGUCCGUCCAAUAAAAACAAAAAAGAAAAUAACUGCUCCCAUUGAUCACGGAUACUAACUAGUAGUAGAUGGGUUGGGCUAUAGCACUGCACGGCGGCGCCGGUGAUAUCCCUCGCUCGCUGCCACCGGACCGCCGUCAGCCCCGAGAAGCAGCCCUCCGCCACUCUCUGCAGGUCGGCGUCGCUGCUAUCAAAGCUGGUCGAUCACCACUCGAUGUCGUCGAACUCGUCGUCCGCGAAUUGGAAGACCAUCCGCACUUUAAUGCUGGGAGAGGGUCUGUCUUGACAAGCGAUGGAACAGUGGAAAUGGAGGCUUGUAUCAUGGAUGGGAAUACGAAGCGUUGUGGAGCUGUUUCUGGCCUUACCACGGUCAAAAAUGCAAUCUCGCUAGCAAGACUAGUUAUGGAGAAAACUCCUCAUAUAUAUCUUGGAUUUGAUGGGGCCGAGGCUUUUGCAAGGGAUCAAAUCGAUUAUACAGAACCACUAACCAAAGUUGAAGAAGUGCCGCCUUCUAACGGAGACAGUCAACUUGGGACAGUCGGGUGCGUGGCUGUGGAUGGGAAAGGAAACCUAGCUACUGCUACAUCAACUGGCGGAUUAGUGAACAAGAUGGUGGGGAGGAUAGGCGACACGCCAAUCAUUGGUGCAGGAACUUACGCCAACAAGCUGUGCGCCGUCUCUGCUACUGGCAAGGGUGAGGCUAUCAUCCGAGCCACAGUUGGCCGGGACGUCGCUGCUCUUAUGGAGUACAAGAGGCUGUCUCUCAAAGAGGCAGCGACAUAUGUGAUUGAAGAGUGUGCACCCAGCCGUACUACAGGUCUGGUCGCGGUGUCUGCAACGGGAGACGUUGCGAUGCCAUUCAAUACGGUAGGCAUGUUCCGAGCCUGCGCUACUGAAGAUGGUUAUACUGAGGUGGCAAUAUGGGAGGAUGAGACGUGCGGUUGAGAUGUGAGAGGGGAGGUUCUGAUCUCGAGCGUUGUUGUUUGUGUCGUUAUUACAAACCUUGUUGCUUAGUGUAUUAAACUUGCCUGCGAUUUGUAAUCCUGAUUUCUGCUCUGCCUAAAAAAAAAAAAAAGAAAUUCGGUCA